AUGGAAGAAACCUUUGCAACAACAGCCGUUGGUAAAGUUUCGCAAAUAGCGAAUCUUUUCCAACGCAAACCGAUUGAGAUACAACCAGUUGAACAAUUAAGUGCUGCUGCAGCAGCAGCCGCAGCAGCUGCUGCCGCCGCCGCGGCUGCAAAUGCAGCUGCCGGUACACCAGUGACCGUUGUACGCACAGAAUCCCAUUCGGCUCGUUUUAAUAACGCACGAGCUCUUUUCGAAAAACUCGGUGUCGAGAGUAAUUCAAACUUAAGUGUUAAACGUUCGGGUUCGCGUGAAGAUAAUCUCUGUGAUUUACAAAAUCAUUCAGAUCGUUCAUCGUCGAGAUCCUCAGAUCGUUCUGUGUCACCACCUAAACGACGUUCACCAUUUCCGUCCGGUUGUCAGGUGGCUGCCUCGAUGGCCAAUAAUAACUGUAAUCAACUAAAUGGUGGACCAAAUUUGGCCAACUCUAAAUUCAUAAUGGAGCCUAGUCCGAAAUUUCAACAUAAUAUAUCACGUUUGAAAACCGAAGAAAGUGUAAAUUCUUCCUUAGGCGCGGGUGGCGUAAGUGCCCUAUUGUCGGCCGAUAAGCCCGAAAAACCCGAACGAAAAUUUAACUCACGCGAAUUAAUCGAAAAACAGAAAAAGUGGACCUCACACUUUACCAAAACAAAGACAACACGUUCUCACAGUGAUCUAAAUCGCUGCGAUAUAAUACGAACUGGGCCGGGCACAGUAUUAAUACCCAGCUCGGUUAUACAACAGAAAGAAUCGGUCUUAACUUCGCCAUUAAGUAAUCACAAAAUGAGCAAUCAAAUGGAAACACGUUCUCCCAUUUUAGCCAGUCUAGCUCAUGAACAGGACAAACCACCUAGUCCGCCCGUAAGACAUUCCGUACAACCGCCCGAAAUAAAACCGCGCAGUUCUAAUAAAAUCGGUAGUCCAGUUAAAUCGCCACCACUGCCACCCAUACCAGCGGUUAAGCCGAAAAAUAUCAGUCCCAUAAAACUGAAUCCGGAGCGUGUACGUUCACCCACAAAAAUCUCCGAACCACCACCACCUCCACCAGCCAAAUCGGCCGCCGCUGCAGCUGCCCAACAACGUUCAAUCGAUGAACAGAAUGGCAUAGCACCGCCACCGAUACCACCCGAAAAACCACGUAAAAAAUCUAUAGAUUUAGUGGAGACUGAAACGCCCGUUUCGCCCACCAAACAACCACCAUAUGCUUAUGCUGCCAAACGAGCAUCCAUUGAUAGUCUGGGCAAUAGUAAUUCCACAGCCAGUGGUAAUGGUCUGCUGAGUGGUAGUAGUAAUUCGGCAGCCUCGCCCGCAGCCAGUGCUUCGUCGGGACCCUCGUCGCCGGUGCAUACCGAAGAUGAGAAACAGGAAAAUGAAUCAACGGAAAAGUCGGAAAUGCAACAACAGUAUUAUAACAGUAUGCCUCGUAGACGGAAGAGCGAAAAUGAAGGACGCUCUAAUAAAACGGAACGCCAGACACAGGAAUUUACCGAUAAUGCGAGUGUACAAAAUCAUAUCACUUCACCACAACGUUCCUCCAAACGUGUAUCAAGCAUUUCCGUUAAUAUGCCAGCGGCCGGUUUAGGCUCUCGACCGCCCAGCAUUAUUUCCUCAACGAACAGCAAUGACGAGGGUGGCUUUAAUGAACCUUCACCCGAAAUUAAGGCCAAACUAAGGCCUGCCUAUGACUUUGAAAGUCCCAAACAUCAAACGCGUCUGGUGCAACAGAGUCCCACCAAAAUUCAUAAAUCGGCCAACGAACCACAGGCCGCAGACGAAGCCGAUGAAGAGGCUGAAAAACCUAGUCUUAAUUAUGUAGAUGUAGGCUAUCGCCUUAAUCCCGAUGGCAGUGAGGCCCGUGAGGUGUUUGGCGAAUCAGAGCUGUAUGAUACCGCCGCCAAAGUUUCCGAUAUGCAUAAGAAAUUCCAUGCCAAUGGUUUUGCCCAAGAGACUAGCACAGUUUAUGCCAUUAUUAAGCCAGAUUUAUUACCCAAUAAUCCUACAGAUAUGUAUUAUGCGGCUAAGCCUCAGCAGGACAAAAUAACUUCGCCCACUAAAACUAAUUCGGGCUCAAAUUCCCUAGUAGGUUCACCCACAAAAACUGCCAGUUCUCCUCCCGUGGGUGUGGUGUCGCCCAUACGACGACGCAGCUCGGAAAUAAGCAUUAAAUCCACACCACCCAUGUCACCGGCCUCGGCUGCCAGCAAUGCAAAUUCAUCUUCCAAUUCACGUUCCAUGUCUUCGAUUGCCAAGGGUGUGGCACCCAUAGCCUCACUCGAUGCAAAUGAAGAUUUAGGUUCUUCUGACAUACCAGCAUUACCGGAAAGGCCGCCACCGGCGGCUGCUCUUAUCAAUAAUGUUGAUGUUUUAGAUAUGCAGGAUUUGGAAUAUGCCGAUACUAGUGCUGGCGAAGAUGAAGAUGAUUUAAUGCGUACCAUUGAGGGUGAUGUGGAUUUAGUUGAUUAUGUUUAUAUAGAUGAUAAACUAAUGCAGGCAACGGAACCAGUUGCAGCGCCCACUGAGGUUAUUAGUCGAGAAGAUAGCAGCCUACCCGAUGCUAUGACAGCCGAUGAAGCUGAGCGAUUGUUGAGCUCAAGGUAAGUGAGAAUUUUGAAUUUGA